AGCAGCAUUUCUGUACAGAACACGGCCGGUAUCAGCUGCUCUGGAGGUAGCGACUGUACAAACCCACUGCCUUUCCAAGUGAGCUGUAGCUCCGAAAGUGCUUUCAGAUUUCCCAGAGCAGCUCUCGGGAUGCGGCCGGCACUAGGACCUGCCUGGAGCCUGUACGUGCCAUCCCGUAGGGAGGGCUAAAUAGAGCAGGGUAGGAUUACAAUGUGCAACACACCAGCAGAGAGCGGUGGCCGUGCCGGCACCGGGAGCCCCGCGCCGCCACCGGGGCCGGUGGGUGCCCCGUGCCCGCCGAUGCCCCAGCUCUGCCCGGUCACGGCCUCGCUGCUGUUGGGCACGGCCAGGGCAGCGUGCGACGAGGAGCUGCUGUUGCGGGAGGGGGUGACCUUGUGCGUGAAUGUCACCCGGCAGCAGCCCUGCCCCUCGCUGCGCGGCGUCCGCGCCAUCCGCGUGCCCGUGUUCGAUGACCCGGCCGAGGACCUGGCCCGCUACUUCGAGCCCUGCGGCGCCGCCAUCGAGGCGGCCGUGCGGGCCGGGGGCCGCUGCCUCGUGUACUGCAAGAACGGCCGCAGCCGCUCCGCCGCCAUCUGCACCGCUUAUCUCAUGAGACACCGGCAGCUCCCGCUCAAGGACGCCUUUGAGGCUGUGAAAACUGCCAGACCCGUAGCAGAGCCAAAUGCAGGAUUUUGGUCUCAGCUGCAGAGAUAUGAAGAAGAAUUGAAGAUACCAAAGCAUUCUGAUCCCCUGAGCAAAGGACUUAAAAAUAGCAAUGUGUGAAGAUACUUUAAAGAAAGUGAAGUGACUUGCUACAGAGUUUAAAAAAAGGGAAAAAAAUCACUCCCUAAAUCACCUGUAUGUAAAACAUUUUACCCCCAUAACUGAGAUGAUGUUCAUUAAACUCCUUCAGAGCAUUUCUGUUGGUAAUGCAUGGAAAGAGGGCAGAUAAGCAGGGAAUAACUGCAGAAACAGAAAAUGGUUGGAAGGACUGUAAACAAACAGAGAAAGGCCUGGAAUCUUCAGCAGUUAUUUCCCCUGAGUAUGGUAACAAUGUACUGAACAAAGGAAGGAGUUACCACACAGGGAUUUUAUUCCUGGUUUUCAAUUAAACUUCCCAGUGAUGCCAUUAGAAGA